GCUCGAGCAGACGAUGACCCCCACUACGCUCAAGAACCAGCUGAUGAGAACCAGAUCCCGAAGGUGGUGUUCGACAUCUUUUAUGUAGGGACGGACCAGCUGGCUGCGAAGUACAAGCUUAAAGGAGGUUACUUCAGCAUCAGGGAGAAGACGUCGGUCACGAAGGCCGAGUUAGACCAAGCGAUCUCUGUCUUGAAUAUUAUCGACUGUAAGAUCUUGGCUCAGGCGACGUUGUACGCGAACAAGGAGAUGGAUGACUACAAGGUGUCCUUCCUGCUAGGCGUGCUGGAAGCUUGGGGUCACACAACAGUCAUACUUCAGACAGACUCGGAGCCUGCCACCUUGGCUCUGGCGAACGCAGUUCGAGAUCGCAGAUCACACUCAACCUUGGUGCGGGGAUCACCGCCCUUUUCCAAGCAGAGUGCAGGCUACGCUGAAGGAGGUAACAAGCUAGCAGCUGGUCUACUUCGAGCCUACAAGCUGAAACUGGAGCACAAGCUGGGCAGCGAGAUCAAGAUGACGGAUCCGAUCGUGCCAUGGCUUGUGAACUCAGUGGGGUGGAUGAUCACCAGAUUCCAGCCUCGCAGUCACGGAGGUUCCUCCUACAAGAUGCUCUACGGCAAAGAGUACAACGGCGAGAUUGCGGAGAUGGGUGAGCAGGUCUGGUAUCGGAUCUCAGCCCGAGUUGCCGCGGGACGUGGCAAAUGGGAAGCCCGCUUCGCAAAAGGAAUCUGGGUUGGUAAGAGCGAGCUGGACGACACACAUCUCGUGAUCGAUCCUGAACGUGGAGUGCAGAAGGUGAGAACGGUGCGAAGGAUGCCUGAGGAGUUCAGGUGGCAGCCCGAGCUCAUCCAGCACAUCAGGGUGACGCCCUGGAAGCAGACGCCCGACAAGAGAUCAGGAACGAUCGGACGCAGCAUGUACAUCACGGAGCGCAUGAUCGAUGCUCAUGGUCCUACCGACGAUUGCAGGAAGUGCAGUACAGGAUUCGGUUCGCAUUCGGCAGCCUGCCGACAGCGUUUCGAGACCAUUCAGGCCGACUUGCUGCGCGAGAAGUUGGCGAAGGACCCUGUGGCCCCUGAGGCUACAGUCGUGGUGCCAGCGCCGGCUGCAGGAGCGACUUUCAGCGAAGUGCCCCAGGUGAAGUUCGUGAAGGAGCUGAGGAGCCACUUAGGAGAUCCUGAGGAGCAGCAGGUGGAGCAGAUGGUUGAGGUGAGCGCCGAGCUGCAUGAGAAAGACCAGUGGAGCCCAAAGACGAUACACUACGAUUACUACACUGGAGAGCCUCUGGAUGAGGACCUGUAUCAGAAGGGUCGCGACGACGAGCUGCAGGCCAUGAAGGACUACGGGGUCUACGUGGAAGUGGCGACAUCGACGGCGACUGACGGCAAGCACAUUGGAGGUUUCCCGAUAGCCCACAUGAAAGAAGGAAAGGUUAGGUGGAGGUUCGUAGCCACCGAGGUGAACAAGUACGAGGUCAGGGAGGAUAACCACCAAGGCACGCCCCCACUCAUGAUUGUCAGAGCGACGCUGAGCCGUGCCGCUUCAAGUCCAACUUCCAGCGGGCAGCACCUGCGGAAGAUACAAGUUUGGGACGUCAGGAAGGCUUUCUUCAACGCUGACUUAGACGAGACGAUCUACGUGCAUCCUGGGAGAGAGCUGUGUCCGCCCGGAAGGUGCUGGUGGUUACGCAAGGCCAUGAACGGUACCAGGAAGGCGUCGCAGAUGUGGGGUGAGCUUGUGAGAACUACUAUGGACGACGGUCAUUGGGACUGCUUGGUUGGAACUCCUAACGUGUUCUACUUACCUGCUAGCCCCAACACAGCCCCCGUCGACGAGGAUAGCACAGCGAUCUGCCAUGGCGAUGACUUUCUUGCUGAAGGCUACGACGAGCAGCUGGACGAGCUGGACGAGUUAUUGAGGCAGCAGUUUGAGGUCACGGCCAGCGCCAGACUUGGACCAGGAGCGGUGGGGCAGACUACAUACCUCAAGAGGACGAUCGGCUAUACCGACAAGUUGCCAGGUUGCGAGGAGCCAGGUUUCUUCUGGACUGCCGAUCCUAAGCAUGUGGACUUCAUGAUCAAGUGGACGCAGAAGCGAGGACUUCAGUGUAAGACUUACCUGAUCGAGACCCAGAGGCCCUGCAACCUGAAGAUCUAUAGUGACAGCACAGCUGGACGUGGCAUGUGCAGUCGAGUUGGGGUGGGCAAGGUCAGGCACCUGGAGUUGAGGUACUUGUGGAUUCAGGAGCGGUUGCGUCUCAAGGCGUUCGAGCUUCACAAGGAGGACACCAGCAAGAUGACAGCCGACAUGCUCACGAAGUACAGCGAGUGGCCGACAAUCGAGAAGCAUUGCACCACUCUCAACCUCAGGUUCGGAAAGCAGUUGAAGGGCUUGAGCGCAAUGGCAGUUUUCACAGAGGUCGUGACGAAGGCGUCAGGCGAGAAGGUGACAGUGUACGGAGGUUCUGACGAGGUUGCGGUUUGCCCCGCGCCUGUCAGCCACUACGUGGACAGCGAGGAGUUCUGGUUAUUCCUGAAGUUGGGGCUUGUUGUGGUGACUGCAGCCAGUGUUUUUUUACUGGGGUGCUGGUGUGGUUGCUACUUCAAGAACUUCUACGACAAGUUCCUCCUCCAGGGUGCGGUUAACCCCGCCUCUGGAAGCACUUGCACACCAUCUGCGCGGGCUGGCGUCGAGUUCAAGACCGUGUGUGUACAGCAGGACAAAGGUGCAAGGCACAAGCUCUUAAGCACGCUUCUUGUAGCUGAGCUGCGAGCUGUCUUGAAGGCCAAGGGCCUGGCCGUGUCAGGGAUCAAGGAGGACCUGGUCACGAGGAUGAUCAAGCACGGAUGCGUUCUGUCGGAUCGCCAGGCCAAAGAGAUCGAGCAGCUACGGGUGAUGGCUACAGCGUAUGGACCUCUUGCCAAGCUCAGCUUGCAGGACAUCAGCAGUCCAGAGGCCGCGCAGAAGUGGAUCGAGACGUUCAAGAGCGAGUGCGGAGACCGUUCCAGAGGCUCUCAGGUGAUCCACGGAGAGGGCCAGGAGAAUGGUCGCUGGAAGCACUACGACAGCCGAAG